AAAGGCAGCUGGCUUUCCGCCUCCUCCGCUGUCGGUGUCUGCGGGUUCGCUGCCUGGGCAUCCAGCUGGCGCUAUGGUGCCAUUCAGGCCCCUGGCAACGCUUCUGGCUCUGGUUGUCUCUGACCUCCACUGCCUGCCCUGGUUCGUCAAUGUCUCCGAGAGCGUGGGGCCUGGCACCACGCUCUGGUCUUUCUCCUUCAACUGCUCCUCUCGCACGCCCACCCUGAAGCUGCUCCAGGUGCAGCCAGACAGCACCUUCUUCAACCCCCCCAGCCUGGCCAGGUGGCAGGGGCUCUAUGUGGGACAGCUGACCUUGAGCAGCUCCGCCCGGCUGGAUGCCCUGGCUGUGAACCACUAUGAGCUGCGGCUGCAGGUGACGUGUGGCAGCGAAGUGAUCGAGGGGCCACUCUCUGUGAACGUGCAGCGGGACCCUGACCGUGCCCAGUGCACUGGCCGGUUUGUCAGCCCAGCUGGGGAAGUCGUCCAGGUGCCGGAGACAGUCACACCUGGGGCUCGGCUCUACACACUGCUCCCAGGCCUGGAACUCCGGGGAGCCCAGGUGAACAUCACCAGUGCCCAGGACCCGCCAUACUUCCCCGGACCUUUCUCCAUCAGUGGGCAGGGUUGGCUGCAGGCACCCCCCCAGGGCCUCAGAGGCCAGGCUCCGAAGCUCUUCCGGCUCCAGGUGCUGCUGACCUUGGGGCGAGGCCGCAGCUGCCGCGGGGUGCUGACCGUGAGGGUCCUGCCUGCCCCCUCCAGCCAGCUCUCCUUCGCGGAGCGGAGCCUGAGCGUCUCGGUCCCCGAGGACCUGGCCCCCGGGAGCGCCGUGGCGCGGGUCCGGGCGCGGGGCGAGGACGUGCGCUACGAACUCCUGGGGCCGGCGCGCGGCCCGCGCUUCUCCAUCGGACGCGCCGACGGCGUGGUCCGGACCUCCGCGCCCCUGGACCUGGCGCGGGCCGGCCCGGUCACCUCGCUGCAGGUGCGGGCCUUCGAGCGGCUCCGGCCCGGGCCCAGCGUCCAGCUGGACCUCACCGUGAACGUGACUCCGGUCAACCGCUGGCCCCCGCGCUGCCUCCCGGCGCUGCUGCUGACUCGGAUCCCCGAGACCGCGCCCGUGGGCACCGCGCUGAGCACCUUCACCUGCGAGGACCCCGACUCUCCCGGCUCCACCCUCCACUACCAGCUGCGGGCCCACAGCCCGCGGGGCCUGGCCAGCCUCCGCCUCCGCGACCGGGUUCUGGAGGUGAACGCCACCCUGGACUGCGACGCGCCCGGCGCCUGCUUUGAGCUCGCGGCCUCCCUCCUGGUGCUGGAUGGCGGGCAGCCCCCCAUGAGCACUGAGGUGCCGGUCCUGGUGACGGUGACGCCUGUCAACGAGUUCUCCCCAACCUGUGUCCCUCGAACAUUCCGGGUCCGCGAGGACGCAGGGCCCCGCACCCUGCUGGGCUCCGUGGUGGGCACGGACAUGGACUGCCCGCACGACGGCACGGAGUUCCACACCCCCGGCGGGCCUGCCGCCUUUGCUGUGGACCGGCUCAGCGGGGAGGUUCGCCUCCUGGGGCCGCUGGACUACGAGCAGCAGAGGCUGCACCGGCUCACCGUCCUGGUGACCGACCACGGCCAAGGCCAGGGCCCUGCGCAGCCCCGCUCCGGCUCCUGCACCGUCACCGUCGAGGUGGAGGAUGUGAAUGACCACGCCCCCGAGUGCGAGCCCCCGUUCCAGGAGCUCGCCGUCCACACUUCCCCGGGCAGCAGCACGGAGGUGACCACGGUGUCAUGUCGGGUCCCACAGGAGCCACAGCGCCUGGCCUUCUCCUACAGCAUCGUGGGAGGGAACGGUCAGGGCCGCUUCCGCCUGCAAGGAGCCGCCCUGCUGCACGAGGACCUCCCGUCGGGGCCGCCCCCCCCAGAGCAGCCCCAGACCUACGAGCUCUGGAUCCGCGUGGCCGAUGCAGGUCCCUCCGCCCCCCACCUCAGCACCACAGCCACCGUCAUUGUGCAUCUGGUCCCCUGGAGGGCCAGCACAGCGGCCACCAGCACCAACGGCGCCACCGUGCCUGCGGUGAGGACGCCCCUGCUUGUGACCCACACGGAGCCUUUCUGGCAGCCGGAGCCCUGGUUUGUGGCGGUGCUGACGGUGACCGGCGCCCUGCUCCUGGCCCUGGGCUGGCUCCUCAGCAGGCAUCUCCGGGGAUGGGCCCAGGGGCUGCGGGCACCGAGCAAACCAGCCCAGGCGCUGCUGCUAACCAGUAUCCAGGGAACAGAGGGGUCCUCUGAGGGGUUCAUGGAGGCGCCCAGGAUGGAGACACCCCGGAUGGAGACACCCGAGGCACCCAGCAGCAUCAUGAGCCUGCAUUUCGAUGGCAGAGCCCAGGACUCCCGGACGGGCAGGGACUACCUGUUCAACACGCGCACGGGCGCCUGGCGCUGGCUCUGA